CUCAGCCACAGAGUUAGCUGUUGGCCCUUAUUCUAUUGCUCCUAGUAAUAUAAAGAGCAGAUAAAAUACGCAAACACCUGGUGGGCAGCAGCUGCCUUAUCUGCUCACUGUGCCUUCUCUGCUUCCUUCGAAUUCGAUCCUUCCAAUGGGCAGCUUCGCCAAGCACAUGAUCCUUUGCCACAUGACCCCGACGCCAUCCACCCCCGGCCACCACCACCACCAGCAGCGCCGCGGGGUGGAACCACCGCCUCGUCCUCCUGCGGUAGCCGAAGAGAAGCCUAACCACUCGACGCGGCGGUGGACGGUGCUGUCGACGGUACUAACUGCCUCCACGGCGCUGGGCCUACAGCGGGCGCCGCCGGCCGCCUUGGCGCAGGCCGAGCAGAGCUGGGGCACCCGGUCCUUCAUCAAGGAGAAGUACUUCCAGCCGGGGCUGACGCCGGAGGAGGCGGCGGCGAGGAUCCGGCAGACGGCGGAGGGGAUGCGGGACAUGCGCCACAUGCUCGACACCAUGUCCUGGCGCUACGUCAUGUUCUACGUCCGACUCAAGUCGGCCUACCUCGACGCCGACCUCAAGAACGCCGUGGCCGCCGUCCCGGAGCCCCGCCGCAAGGCCUUCGUCAAGACCGCCAACGAGCUGGUGGACAACAUGGCCGAGCUGGAUCGUUAUAUACGCAGCCCAAAGGUAUACGAAUCGUACCUCUACUACGAGAAGACGUUGAAGUCACUGGAUGAGUUGGUUGCACUGCUGGCCUAACAUGACGGGAGGGAGGAGAUCAGAUCGCUGUGCGGGAUUUGGUGCAGGAUUAGUUGCAAACUGGUGUCUGUUAUAACGGAUGCACCGUAUGAUCGACUUCUUGUUUGAUCGGAGGUUUGUAUGUACAUAUAUUGAUGAAAACUGUUGCCAUGUCCGAUAAAUUGUUAGUUGUUAUUUGUUCCAAAAAUGAAGCAAAAUAACAAAAAUAAUGGAUAGAAAUUAUUUUGUUGCGAGGUAA